AUGGCGACCGUUCUGGCAAAGAGCCCCUUCCAGAAGGGCGAAGCAGAGCAGUCUGCCGUGUCCCUGGAAAGUGCCCCGCCUCUUGGGGCCCCCAUUGAGGAGAAGCGCUUUUGGUUCCAGAGAAAUAAGAAUUUCGAUCCCUUUGCUGUCGCCACGCAGCCAAGUGUGUUUGACGACCCCGAUACUGCCGAGAAAUAUCAUCCGCGUAAAGACUGGGAGAACUACCACCGGUUCGACCCUAACGCUCGAUGGACGUGGGCUGAAGAAUAUGCCUUGGUAAGAAAGAUCGACAUUCGGAUUAUGAUAUGGGCCUGUAUCAUGUUCAUGGCACUUGAACUUGACCGCGCCAACAUCAGUCAAGCGAACACGGACAACAUGCUGGGAGAUCUAGGCAUGAGCACCAAUGACUUCAAUCUCGGAAACACCGUUUUCAAGCUUGCAUUCCUCUGUGCCGAAUUGCCGUCUCAGCUAGUAUCUAAAUGGGUUGGUCCCGAUCGCUGGAUCCCUGCGCAGAUGAUCCUCUGGAGUAUCGUCGCCAGCUGCCAGUUCUGGCUCAAUGGAAGAGAUUCGUUCCUUGCCUGCCGAGCAUUGUUGGGUCUCCUCCAGGGUGGAUUUAUCCCCGACGUUAUUCUCUACCUGUCAUACUUCUACAAGCACCACGAGCUGUCUCUGCGGCUCGGCUUCUUCUGGACCGCCAUGAGCAUCGCCGAUAUUCUUUCUGCACUCUUGGCGUAUGGCUUGCUCCACAUGCGUGGCGUCCAAGGCCAUUCCGGAUGGAGAUGGCUUUUCCUCAUUGAAGGACUGUUGACACUGGUCAUUGGCAUUCUCGGCUUCCUUUUGAUGCCAGCUGGCCCUUGUCAGACCGCGAGUUGGUUCCGCGGGAAAAAGGGUUGGUUCUCGGAAAGAGAAGAAACAAUCAUCGUCAACAGAGUGAUCCGCGAGGACCCAAGCAAGAGCAGCAUGCACAACCGCGAGCCAAUCACCCCGCGACUCCUCUGGGAAAGUCUCAAGGAUUACGACCUCUGGCCCCUGUACAUCCUGGGUCUCACGUUCCAGAUUCCUGUGACGCCACAACAGCAAUACCUCACACUGUCCUUGAAGAAUCUUGGAUUCGACACCUUCCAGGCCAAUCUUCUCGCUAUCCCGUGGACCGUUGGACAUAUGAUCACGAUGCUUAUAAUCACAUACCUGGGCGAAGUCAUCGGCGAACUCACCUUCAUUUCGAUGACUGGUCAGAUAUGGGCACUGCCAUUCUUGAUCUACCUCGCCGUUGUCGACACAACGGGAGUCAACAGAUGGGUUCUUUACACCAUCAUCACCCUGCUUCUCAUGUACCCAAAUCCCCACCCCAUCCAAGUUGGAUGGAACAGUCGCAAUUCCAAUACAGUCCGAUCACGAACAGUCUCCGCCGCGUGCUACAAUAUGUUUGUGCAGGCAGACGGAAUCAUUUCUUCCAACAUUUACAGAGCUGAUGAUGCGCCAUUGUACAGGCGUGGCAACCGAUCCCUUCUCGGCAUUGUUUGUAUGAAUUUGGUCCUUUACCCACUGGUCAAGGCCUACUACGUGUGGCGCAAUAAGAGCCGAGACAGGAUCUGGGAUGGUAUGUCGGAAGAGCAGAGACUUGAAUACCUGGAGACAACAAAGGAUCAGGGCAACAAGCGAUUGGAUUUCCGUUUCACCCAUUAA